AUGGCACAGGAGAACGCCGCCUUCGCCGCCGGCCCCGAGGAGCCGUCGCGGCGCCGCGGCCGCCAGCGAUACGUGGAGAAGGACGGCCGGUGCAACGUGCAGCAGGGCAACGUGCGCGAGACGUACCGCUACCUGACGGACCUGUUCACCACUCUGGUGGACCUGCAGUGGCGCCUCAGCCUGCUCUUCUUCGUCCUCGCCUACGCACUCACCUGGCUCUUCUUCGGCGCCAUCUGGUGGCUCAUCGCCUACGGCCGCGGGGACCUGGAGCACCUGGAGGACACGACCUGGACGCCAUGCGUCAACAACCUCAACGGCUUCGUGGCCGCCUUCCUCUUCUCCAUCGAGACGGAGACCACCAUCGGCUACGGGCACCGCGUCAUCACCGACCAGUGCCCCGAGGGCAUCGUGCUGCUGCUGCUGCAGGCCAUCCUGGGCUCUAUGGUGAACGCCUUCAUGGUGGGCUGCAUGUUCGUCAAGAUCUCGCAGCCCAACAAGCGUGCCGCCACGCUCGUCUUCUCCUCACACGCGGUGGUGUCACUGCGCGACGGCCGCCUCUGUCUCAUGUUCCGCGUGGGCGACUUGCGCUCUUCUCACAUCGUCGAGGCCUCCAUCCGCGCUAAGCUCAUCCGCUCGCGCCAGACGCUCGAGGGCGAGUUCAUCCCGCUGCACCAGACCGACCUCAGCGUGGGCUUCGAGACUGGCGACGACCGCCUCUUCCUUGUCUCGCCUCUCGUCAUCAGCCACGAGAUCGAUGCUGCCAGCCCCUUCUGGGAGGCGUCGCGUCGCGCCCUCGAGAGGGACGACUUCGAGAUCGUUGUCAUCCUCGAGGGCAUGGUGGAAGCCACGGGAAUGACAUGCCAAGCUCGGAGCUCCUACCUGGUGGAUGAGGUGCUGUGGGGCCACCGCUUCACAUCAGUUCUGACCCUGGAGGAUGGUUUCUACGAGGUGGACUAUGCCAGCUUCCACCAGACCUUUGAGGUGCCCACGCCCUCGUGCAGCGCCCGGGAGCUGGCUGAGGCAGCAGCCCGCCUUGAUGCCCAUCUCUACUGGUCCAUCCCCAGUCGGCUGGAUGAGAAGGUGGAGGAGGAGGGGGCUGGGGAGGGGGCUGGGGGAGAAGUUGGGGCUGACAAGGAACAGAAUGGCUGCCUGCCUCCCCCAGAGAGUGAGUCCAAGGUGUGA